UUAAUUAUAACAAUGUAAAUUAUGUUAAAAGUCAGAGAUAGCGUAACGUAUUUCAUUUAAAUUUCUCAUCAUCUCGGUUGUUUAGCCCUUCGUGUGUAUACAGCAUUGACACCAGCUGCAAUUUUGUGUAUAUCAUCUCCGAUGGCCGCAAGCUUCAGAUCUAAAAACGUCGAGUUCAUGAACAGAUCGAUGGAAUAGUUGUACCUUCCGCCAAAGAGAAAUUAAGUAAUCGUCCUCGGAUUUGCAAUAUUGCAAUAACAGCAAAAACUGAAACUCGUUCGAUAUAAAAUAGACGCGAUUGGUAUUCGAUCGUUAGUCACAUCAGACAAAAUGUUUGGUGCACUUGCAGCGUGUUUGGCUGUAUUGAUCGUCACUUCCACUGCAAGAAGAGCAAUUUAUGUUCGUGAAGCUGAAGUGCAAGACCAAAAUUCGGCAUCUACAGCAUACGCUUAUAAUUCAAAUUCGGGACCAGUGAGUUAUGCAUACUUUUCCAAAGGAUUUGGCGGAGAAAAUGUCAAUUUCCCUCAGUACUACGAGCCAUAUUAUCAAUUGUACGAACACCUAGGGUACAAUGUGCCUAAGCGUUAUGGUUACGGAGGCCUAGACGGAUACGUUUUACAUAAUGGCGAAGAUUACGGCGGAUCGCAUUUUCUACAACGUGGACAUGCUGGGCAAAAGGAAAACAACGCCCAAGAAAGCUACAACAAAGGAUCGCAAGGCAAACACGAUAAUGAAAACCAUAAGGGAUAUUACAACAACGAACGGGGUGACAAAAGUGGACAUCACGAAAGUGCGGAAAAGUUCAGUAACCAGAAUGAAGGCGGCAAGAGCUCUAAUGGGGGCAGUUAUAGUGUAUCUGGCGGUCACAGGAAGGGAUCUAAAACAACAGGUUAUCAUAAAGUUUAUAAAAAGAAUGAAUAUAAAAAGGACAACACUUUUUACGAUGAAUCAGACAAACGAGGUCAUUUUAAUAAAUAUGCAAACGCCGAUUCAUACCGCAAGGGAGAAAGUGGGGCACUUGAAAAGGGUGGACAUUAUGAUGCUGGCUUUCACGAAUCCAAGCAGGGUGAAAAUGGAGAUCAUGAUAAAGGCCAUUAUGAUGUUGUCGAUAGCAAGUUUAGCGAUCAACAGGGAAAAGAGGGAUAUCGAGAAAAUUAUUCCGGGUACGCCAAGGAUCGCAAAGAAAAUGAAAACCUUUACGGGUAUAAGGAAGCUUAA